UCAACAAAAAUCCUCUCUUUCUUAGCUGCUCAUACAUCAGUCUCUCUCUUCACCUAUCUUUCUCUUUCUCUCUCUACUUUCUCACUUAUUUGAAUAAGCUUUGACCGAUUAAUCAGAAAUUAAUCGCCGAUCUAGGGUUUUUUUAUUUUAUAAAUCAUCAAUUCAAUUAUACGACACCGUUUUGUUUGAUUGCUGUAAAUGUCAUCGGAAGAUCUGAAGUUGUUAGAUUGUUGAAGAAGAAGAAUUUGCGACCGUCGAUUGAAGAAGUGGUGUCGGAAAAUUUAAAUUAAAGAAUGGACGCCGGAAGUCGAGCUCAAGCGUCGGUAAAUCCUGCCAUGGAUAUGCCGAUUAUGCACGAUAGUGACCGUUAUGAUUUUGUUCGAGAUAUUGGUUCUGGAAACUUCGGUGUUGCUCGUUUGAUGAGAGAUAAAGUUACUCGAGAGCUUGUUGCUGUCAAGUAUAUCGAACGAGGCGAUAAGAUAGAUGAGAAUGUUCAAAGAGAGAUCAUCAAUCACCGGUCAUUGAGGCACCCAAAUAUUGUUAGAUUUAAAGAGGUCAUUUUAACACCUACCCAUCUGGCAAUUGUGAUGGAGUAUGCAUCUGGAGGAGAGCUCUUUGAGCGAAUAUGUAAUGCAGGCCGAUUUAGUGAGGAUGAGGCUCGCUUCUUUUUCCAACAGCUUAUUUCGGGAGUUAGCUAUUGUCAUGCAAUGCAAGUGUGUCAUCGAGACCUGAAGUUGGAAAAUACUUUACUGGAUGGAAGUCCAGCUCCUCGCUUGAAGAUAUGCGACUUUGGCUACUCGAAGUCUUCUGUGUAUCAUUCACAGCCUAAAUCCACGGUGGGGACACCUGCUUACAUUGCUCCAGAAGUCUUACUGAGGAAAGAAUAUGAUGGAAAGAUAGCAGAUGUGUGGUCAUGCGGAGUGACUUUGUAUGUAAUGUUGGUGGGUGCAUAUCCUUUCGAAGACCCUGAGGAACCAAAGGACUUUCGGAAGAUGAUUCAAAGAAUAUUGAGUGUGCAGUAUGCAAUUCCUGACAGCAUAAACAUAUCACCAGAAUGUCGCCACCUUAUCUCCAGGAUCUUUGUUCAAGAACCUGAGUCGAGGAUAUCAAUUCCUGAGAUUAAGAGGCAUGAGUGGUUUAUCAAAAACUUUCCCACUGACUUAAUGGACGAGAAUACAAUGAGCAACCAAUUUCAAGAGCUGGAGCAACCCAUGCAAAGCAUUGAUGCUAUCAUGCAAAUCAUUUCGGAGGCAACCAUCCCUGCUGCUGGGUCAUCAGCACUCAAUUUUCUCUCAGAUACUCUCGAUAUGGAUGAAGAUAUUGACGACUUGUCAGAUUCUGAGAUUGAUAUUGAUAGUAGCGGAGAGAUAGUUUACGCAAUGUGAUCAUCCAAAUGUUUUGCUUCCUGUUUAAUGGAGGUUCCAACAUUAUCCCCAUUGCUACUCUGGGCAAUUUGGUUGCUCUUUAGUCAUGAUUGAAAUGUUUCAGCUCCUUCUAUCCUCUCUUCUUUCGUGCUCCAGUUGAUACAUGUAGUCAUAGGGAAAGAAAAAGAAAAAGAAAAAUAUUAAAAUGGGGAGGGUAGAGGCCUUGCAGGGUCAGGUAUUGCUGGAUGAUUCUGCCCCCCACUUACAGUGGUAAGAUCGAAGUUUCCCCUGGUCCUUUAGGAUUGUAAUAUAUGUAUUUUAUAUUAUUCAUGUACUCUGUUGAAAUUGUUGAAGCUUCAUGUUUGUUAUGCUAUAAUAAUGGACAUUGGCAUGAAUAGAGCUUAGAACAGAUUUUCAGGGUAGUUUUUGUUCCUUGAAAAAUCGAAGUCUGGAGUAGAGACUUAUUGUCUGUCCACAUUGUACAGUAUAUUCUGAAGUCCUGUGUGGUUUGGUAUCCUGGGCAAGCUUAGGCAUCAGAGAUGUAUUUUUCCUGUUUGUUUAGUCUUACCACAUCUAAUAUAGUGAGAUUAUCACAUACAGUAUACUGCAGGUGGAGAUAUUGCCAUGAUAAUCCAGAUGAGAUUUUGUUUAUGAUCUUGUGCAGUUGAUUUGUAUCAGAAGGUUUGUUGCAGUUGUUCAGGUGGUUGUUGGA